AUGUAUCCGUGGUCGGCAAUUCAGAGUACGAUCAAACACACAAACGAUAAGUUGGCGGCCCGUCGUCAACGUACAAUACCAGAAGGGGACUUGUUUCGGUUUCUUGGAGUCCGACUCGCUAUUGCAGUAGAACCUAGACGAGGUGCCCUACGAACCUACUGGGAAAAAGACAUUCUUGAGGAUUUUGUUGGGGCCCCUCCCAAUUUUGGGGAACGUUUUGGUGUAUCACGUCACACAUUUGAACCCAUUUCGGGUGCAUUGUCGUUUGCAGAUGACGUGAUCUCGGAUGACCCAUGGAAGCCGAUGCGUGCUUCUUGCUAA